AUGCAGAUACUGCUGCCACAGACACCCAGCCCCACCAUGGUACUCCUCCUGCUCCUGCUCCUCCUCCUGUUCCUCCUCCUCCUCCUGUUCCUCCUCCUGUUCCUCCUGCUCCUACUCCUCCUGCUCCUGCUCCUCCUCCUGUUCCUCCUCCUGUUCCUCCUCCUCCUCCUGUUCCUCCUCCUGCUCCUGCUCCUCCUUCUGCUGGAAGUUUCUAUAUGGAGGGGUGAACAUGCUGCAUGGGGUGGACUGGCCUCCUCUCCCCCUCAGCACAGCCAUCCCCCUCUCAGCGAGCAAAGGCGAGGGACGACUAGAAGGAACGAGAACGGGGCGGGGGGGGGGGGGACUCUCCCCUUCCUCCCCUCCCGCACACGCCCUCGGCUCACCGCCGAGCCUGGCCCGCGAAUCCAACCUCAAAAGCCUGAGGGGCGCGGGGCCGCGCGUCCCCCCGCCGCGACGCCUCAAAUAUCUCCCCGUCCACCGCCUCCUCACCCUGGCCGCGCUCCACUGGCGGCCCCUCCGUCGCCCCCGCCUCACCGUCCUCUCGCGCCGUCCUUUCCCCGCUCGCAGCCCCGGACCGCCGCCGGCCGCGCCUCACGCUCUCUUCCCCCUCUUCCCUUCUCUCCCCCCCCUUCCCGCCCUCCCCACCUCCCCUUCACACCUCUCCUCAUCCCGCCUAUCCCCUUCACCCCUCCGCCCUCUCUGCUCAUCCCUCCUCUCCGUCCGCCUUCGCCUCCCUCCUCACCCCUCCUUCCACCCGGCAUCCCCAUCCUUUCCCUCCUCAACACCCUCUCGUCCCGCCCUCUCCUCCACUUCGCAUCUACCUCUUAG